GCAGAAAUCCGGAGCGCGGUCAGAAGCCAACUGGCGGUAGCGGCUGCAGAGAUUUGUGAAUGAACUUUGCUAAGUAUGGAUUCAGGUGGUGGAAGUCUUGGAUUGCACACAUCAGACUCUAGAAUGGCACAUACCAUGAUUAUGCAGGAUUUUGUGGCUGGAAUGGCUGGUACUGCGCAUAUCGAUGGAGACCAUAUUGUUGUUUCAGUUCCUGAGGCUGUAUUAGUUUCUGAUGUUGUCACAGAUGAUGGGAUAACUCUUGAUCAUGGCCUCGCAGCUGAAGUUGUCCAUGGGCCUGAUAUCAUCACCGAGACUGAUGUAGUAACAGAAGGUGUAAUUGUUCCUGAAGCCGUACUUGAGGCUGAUGUUGCUAUUGAAGAAGAUUUAGAGGAAGAUGACGGUGAUCACAUCUUGACGUCUGAGCUAAUUACAGAAACUGUUAGAGUACCUGAGCAGGUUUUUGUGGCUGACCUUGUUACUGGUCCUGAUGGACACUUAGAACAUGUGGUCCAAGAUUGUGUCUCAGGAGUUGACUCUCCCACAAUGGUAUCAGAGGAGGUUCUUGUAACUAAUUCAGAUACAGAAACUGUGAUUCAAGCAGCUGGCGGUGUUCCUGGUUCUACAGUUACUAUUAAAACUGAAGAUGAUGAUGAUGAUGAUGAUGAUGAUGAUGAUGAUGAUGAUGUCAAGAGCACUUCUGAAGACUACUUAAUGAUAUCUUUGGAUGAUGUUGGGGAAAAAUUAGAGCAUAUGGGGAACACACCAUUAAAAAUCAGCAGUGAUGGUUCACAAGAAGAUGUUAAAGAAGAUGGAUUUGGUUCAGAAGUAAUAAAAGUGUAUAUAUUUAAAGCUGAGGCUGAAGAUGACGUUGAAAUAGGUGGAACGGAAAUUGUCACAGAGAGUGAGUACACCAAUGGGCAUUCUGUAGCUGGAGUGCUUGACCAGAGCCGAAUGCAGCGGGAGAAGAUGGUUUACAUGGCAGUUAAAGAUUCUUCUCAAGAAGAAGAUGAUAUCAGAGAUGAAAGAAGAGUUUCUCGAAGGUAUGAAGAUUGUCAGUCAUCAGGAAAUACUUUGGACUCAACAUUAGAAAACAGAAGUAGUACAGCAGCACAAUACCUUCAAAUUUGUGAUAGCAUUAAUACAAAUAAAGUACUUAAACAAAAAGCUAAGAAGAGGAGAAGGGGAGAAAUGAGGCAGUGGCAAACAGCUGUUAUAAUAGGUCCUGAUGGACAGCCCCUGACAGUAUACCCUUGCCAUAUUUGCACGAAAAAGUUUAAAUCCAGGGGAUUCUUGAAAAGACACAUGAAGAAUCAUCCUGAUCAUUUGAUGAGAAAAAAAUAUCAGUGUACAGAUUGUGACUUUACAACUAACAAGAAAGUGAGUUUCCAUAACCACUUAGAAAGCCAUAAGCUUAUAAACAAAGUUGACAAAACCCAUGAAUUUACGGAAUACACACGAAGAUACAGAGAGGCUAGUCCAUUGAGUUCAAAUAAACUUAUAUUAAGAGACAAGGAGCCGAAGAUGCACAAGUGCAAAUACUGCGACUAUGAAACUGCAGAACAAGGACUGUUAAACCGACAUUUACUGGCUGUUCACAGCAAGAAUUUUCCUCAUGUUUGUGUUGAGUGUGGGAAGGGCUUUCGACAUCCUUCUGAACUCAAGAAGCAUAUGAGAACCCAUACUGGUGAGAAGCCAUAUCAAUGUCAGUAUUGUGUCUUCAGGUGUGCAGAUCAAUCAAAUUUGAAAACUCACAUUAAGUCUAAGCAUGGUAACAAUUUGCCAUAUAAAUGUGAGCAUUGUCCCCAAGCAUUUGGUGAUGAGAGGGAACUUCAACGCCAUCUGGAUUUGUUUCAAGGACAUAAGACACACCAGUGUCCUCAUUGUGACCAUAAGAGCACCAACUCAAGUGACCUUAAGCGGCACAUCAUAUCUGUCCACACUAAGGAUUUUCCUCACAAAUGUGAGGUCUGUGAUAAAGGUUUCCAUCGUCCUUCUGAGCUCAAAAAGCAUAGUGAUAUCCAUAAGGGUAGGAAGAUUCAUCAGUGUAGGCACUGUGACUUUAAAACAUCAGAUCCAUUUAUUCUUAGUGGUCAUAUCCUUUCAGUUCAUACUAAGGAUCAGUCACUGAAGUGUAAAAGGUGCAAAAGAGGGUUCAGACAACAAAAUGAGCUCAAAAAGCAUAUGAAGACUCACACUGGAAGGAAGAUUUACCAAUGUGAGUAUUGUGAAUACAGCACUACAGAUGCAUCUGGCUUUAAACGACAUGUGAUAUCAAUACAUACAAAAGACUAUCCACACAGGUGUGAAUUCUGCAAGAAGGGAUUCCGAAGACCAUCAGAAAAAAAUCAGCAUAUUAUGAGGCACCACAAGGAGGCUCUUAUGUAAUAAGAUCAAUAUAAAGAAAGAAGCUAUUUAGAAAAUAUGACAUGCUACAUGGAAAGAUAAUUUCAUGAACUGUUUCACCUGGUUACAAAGCUUGAUAUUAAAUCAUAAAUUUACAUUCUUUUUACUAAAGAUCUUAAGAUAUUUGAAUUGAGAGGGGAUCUCAUAGCCCUUUGAAAUUAAAGAAUUUAAGGAGCACCAUAGAAUGGUUGCAGAAAACCUUAUUGUCUAUUUAAUAGUAUUAUAAGCAUAAUUCAGCUACAGGGGGCAAGAGCAAAGACAACCACUUUAUUUGACUGAUCAUACUAGAGACAGAUGUUUCUGAAAAGAUCAUAUCUAAUUGAGGAGUUUAGCAAUGCUUUGCUAUCGCAAGCGUCACUUUUAUGCCGUUUUAGAAAUGGAGUGGGGAAAUAAAAUGCAGUCAUCCAUUAGUCACUUAGUCAUUGAGCCUUUAUAUGGUACCUGGAAAUUGAAUUCCAGAAAUGGCAAAAGUUUUGUGUAUUCAUCAAAAGAAAUUUCACUGGAAAACAGGUUAGAUUAAUUCAAUACUAUUUAAAAGAAUUUCAGAGCUGCUAAGAUUUUAACACAGGAUAGGAUGUUUAAAAUACAGCAUUCUGUACUGAAGUCUAAAGAUUAAAGUUCCCCUUUUUCUGAUGUUCAAGUUGAUGUUCAGUGUGGCAUAUAUGACAAGUAUAUUUGAGUCAAAUGUGGCUUUCUAAAAUGGAUGCAACAGUAAUGUUGCAAAGUUAGCACUAUAUUUCUUAAUGAUCUAAAGAUUACAUUGAGAGAACACAGUUUUCUUAAACAUUAUGUUUAGAGGUUUUUUUAGGACAGUCAUAGCAAGUAUGAUUGUUCUAGUCUUACUUGCUCUAAUGUUUAAAGGUGCAAUUUUAUGCCAUUAUUGAAAAUUUUGAUUUUUAAAAUCUAUAUACCAUAUUAUUAACAUGAAUUUUCAAUAUGAGGCAGUAUUUAUGCGGUAUUUAACAAAACACUAUGCUGCCAAUAGAACUUGGAGGUGGAUAUUCAGUUUACAGUGUAUAAAUUUAAAAUAUGCAUCCCUUUAACAAUGCUUCAUGUUAGCAUGCUGCAAAUCAACAUGGCGCUUAAAAUAAAAAGCAGGUUUAGGGAAAUUUAAUGAAAAUCCUGUUCAUAAAUGUAAUGCAUAUGAUGUGUAUUUUUAAGUUUUAGUUGCUUCAUGUUUACACUCAUCUGUUAAACAUAACUAAAAUGUAAUUUUACUUCAUGCUAUAUUGUGGCUUUGUGUUUUAAAUAAUGUUCACCUUUCUGUUUUUGCACCAGAUAGGAAUCAGUUCCUUGAGAAUAAAUUUUUUAUCUUUCUUAACUUCAGAAUAUUAAAUUUGGAAAUCUAAAAUUGUGUGUCAUGUGAUUGUAAAUGAUGUACACGCUGUAAAAUAAGAUUGUCACUGUUA